UCCUGCCCCCUUCCAGUCAGUUGUCUGUGACAGGCACUAGGAAUAAUACAGUCUACCUGGGGAGACAGACGUGUGAACGGACUGUACAGCCAGUGCUAGGGAGACCAAAGGUGGAGCAACAACUCUCCCAAAGAGAAGUGGUGUGAAAGCUUCACAUUUGAGCUAGGUUGGGAAAAAUGAAUCAGUUUUACAGGAAAUGUGUGCAAAGAUUCAAAAUAGUACAGGGAAUGGGAGUAGCAGGAGGGAGCAGGAAUGGGUGGGUGGGGCUGGUUUAUGAGAAGUGUUAAAAACUCUGGAAGAAUCUCUGGUGCUGUCUAUAGAAUGGAUGGGAGAGGAGCAGUGCUGGAUGUAGGAAAACUAGUGGAGAGGCUGUUAGACUUUUGAGGGAGGAGGAGAGGUGGAAGUUGUGAGAAUGGAACUAAAUGAGGAGCUGGAAUUGGAGAAAAGAUUUAGAGAGACUGUUGGUGAUGGAACAGACAGGACUUUGAAUUUGGAGUGUUAAGGAUAAGUAAAGAAUGAUGUGAUUUAAUUUGUUUGGAAGACUGCAGAUCAUAAUGCCAUCAACCAAAUUGGGAAAUUAGGGACUAGUUAAACACAAAAUAAUUAGGAAAUAAGGAAGAAUAUGUGUUAAGGGAGAUGUGAGUAUUUCUGGUUCUGUAGAAAUUCAGAACAGGUGAUGAACUGAUGGUCUCUGUGGAGGAGAUAGGUGAGAUGGGAUUUGGCUGGGCCUUGUCAGGGUUCACCACUCAGGAUGACUUCACUGACUAGAUCAGAGACUAUAGAAGUGCUAGAAGAGGAACCAGUGGCAUCCAAGACUCAUGAUCUUCAACUAGCAUCAGAUCCCAACCCUGUGGAAGUAUGUGGUAAAUCAUCUGCCGCCCUUGAGAUGACUCAAGGCAUUUUGAAGGAACGAAUUCACCUUGGCUCUAGCCCUAAAAAGGGGGAAAGUUGUGAUCUCAGCCAUCAGGAAGGACUUCAAUCCAGGUCCUUUCUUCAUUUGUCCGCCCAAGAACAGUCUGCCCAUGAUCAAGACAGGAGGCAAUCCUGGCGGCGAGCAAGUAUGAAGGGAAUGAACCGGCGGAAGUCCCUGCCUCCCUUUCAUCAGGGCAUCACAGAGCUCAGCAGAUCCAUCAGUGUCAAUUUAGCAGAAAGCAAACGGCUUGGCUCUCUCCUGCUAUCCAGUUUCCAGUUCUCUGUUCAGAAACUUGAGCCUUUCCUAAGGGGCACUGAGGGCUUCAGUCUUGAAAGUUUUAGAGCCAAAGCAUCUUCUCUUUCUGAAGAAUUGAAACAUUUUGCAGACAAACUGGAAAGUAAUGGAACUCUUCAAAAAUGUUUUGAAGAAUCAAAAGGAAAAGCAUCAGAUUUGUCUCUGGAAACAUCAGUGGCUGAGAUGAAGGAAUACAUAACAAGAUUUUCUUUAGAACGUCACACUUGGGAUCAGCUCUUGCUGCACUAUCAGAAGGAGGCUGAAGAGAUCAUAUCCAGAAGAUCAAAUGAAACCAAAAUUACUGAAAUUGAGGUGGAACCUAUGACAUAUCUUGGGUCUUCCCAGAGGAGAGUCCUUAAUUCUAAGCCUGACUACCAGAAGAUAUUACAGAACCAAAACAAAGUCUUUGAUUACAUGGAGUUGGUGAUGGAUGAACUGCAGGGAUCAUUGAAGCAGCUGCAUGCCUUCAUGGACGAAAGUACCCAGUGCCUCCAGAAGGUGUCGGUGCAGCUUGGGAAGAGAAACAUGCAACAGUUAGAUCCCUCACCAGCUCGAAAAUUGCUCAAGCUUCAGCUACAAAACUCAUCCACCCCUUCGUUGCUCUAGAUCUUGUCAAUGACUUCAUUCAGCUUUUCUGCCACAAGGUGCUCUAGAAGAGAGAAAUGGGAAGUGCGCCCCGGCAUGUGGUGACAGUGUGGCAGUCUCAGCUGGUGUUCUUGCCCUAUUGCCUUUAAAGACGACUGGCUGACUUUGAUUUUUUUCUAAGAGUAAUAGAAUUUAUGCUUUGCUUUUUUCCUAAAGUAUACUAUAGACAUCAGGACAUAAUAAACAAGUGGCUGACUUUGAUUUUUUUCUAAAACUGACAGAAUUUAUGCAUCUGGAAGAAUAUUGCAUAGACACUUUUCCCAAGAAUCUGCAAAAUGCAACUUCUAUUUUGGAAUCAGCUCCAGAACUAGUGGCCCAUUCUUUUAAAUAUCCUUUGUGGUCAGAAAUCUUUUAUCAGGUUUUGAAACAAUCCAGUCAUUCAGGAUCAAGUCCAGUGAAACAUUUUAGGGGUCAAGUUGGUUUCUGGUCGUGUAAAGGAAUGAGACUGAUUUUCUAGUGUAACCCAGAAGGUGAUUUUAGUAGAGGAGUUGUGAGCAUUGUUUGUGUCAUGUGGAUAUGUGUAUCACUUCAUAAGACCAAAUUGAAGGAAAUACCACUUGUUUUUAUGUCUUGAUGUCUAUAGUAUAUUUUAGCUUUUAAUAUUGAGUUGACAUCCUAAGUCCUGGAUUCAUGGUAGGAAGGGGUUAAGUAGAGGUUUUCAUUAUUUGUAUUUGCUAAUAAUCUGCAUUGUAAAAUUGUACAUAAUUAAAAUCCUUCCCUUUAUGUAUAUUUUGAGUGUAUGAAAAAUAAAAGGCAAGAAGAGCUUAGCAGAAAAUAGGACUCUUUGCCAAGAUACUGAAAGUGAACAGUAUCGGAGAGAUAUGCCUCAGCAUUUAUUACCAAUAAAACACCAACUAACAUGUUGUUAAUGUUUUUUAUGUUCUGAUCUUCCUAAUAGGACAAAAUUCAUUUCAUUUAAAAACCUAGUCAUAAUCUUAAAUCUGAAACCUUGGCCUAAACACCAGUUAGUGAGAGGUGAUAUCUCCUUGCUUUGAUAUAAGAAUAAGAAUAUUCCUUAUUCUUUCAUAUAUUUACAGAGCUGCUACAUGCUAGGGGAGAGAGCAAAGAACAAAACAGACAUGGGACCUCAUGCUCAUUGUCUAGUGGGGCACAAGGAACAAAAAGAGACAACUCUAAAAAUGGUGUUCUGGUUGAUUUGAGAGGAUGAGGGAAUUAAAUAGGGCAAUUAUUUGAAGCAAAAGGAGCAGCAUUUUCAAAGAUCUAAGGAGGGAGAGAAUGAAGCAUUCUAGGAUACUAAGAAAAGACUGGUAAAGCAGGAAUGCUGAGUGCCUGUGAAAGAACCACCUAAGAUAAAAAUAAUUGAAAGUCAUUAGAAGGUUUUAAGAGAGGGAGACACAGACUC